AUGAGCAACACACCUAUCCAGGACCCGGGUGCCCAGGGACUGUCCUCAGGCAGUGGGCAGACAUUACCCUCCCGACCCUUACAGCCCACCUCUGAUCCCUCAGCUUCAAAACGAGUAUGUUUCUACAAAAGCGGAGACUAUAAAUUUAGCGGGCAUCGCAUGGUCAUCAAUGCCCGCACCUUCAAGACAUUUGAUGCUCUGCUGGAUGUUUUAUCCAAGAAAGUGCCUCUGCCAUUUGGAGUGAGGACCAUCACCACACCUCGAGGGAUCCACCUUGUUAAGGGUCUGGAUGACUUACAGGAUGGGGGAUCUUAUGUGUGUUCUGAUCAGAAACGGGUGAAACCGUUAAACCUGGAUGAAGUGAACCGACGGCAGGUACCGUGGAAUACAACCAGACCCCUCAGUGCAGGACGACGAAGGCGUCAAGGACCCCAGUUCAGUCAGUUUGGCAGAAGGAACAAUGUCGCCAACCGGCCAGCAAAGGUCACAGAGAGGGUGGCAGUACGGACACCAAAGAAACUUGUGGUCAUCAAAAACAGGGAUCCCACUGUUAAACGCACAAUUGUGCUGCAGAGAAGAACAGCACCAACAUUUGAUGCUUUGCUGGAUUACCUUUCUCAGAUCCUGCAGUUCCCAGUACUGAAACUCUACUCUACAGAUGGCAGAAGAGUUGAUGGGCUCGCUGCACUUAUCUUGUGCUCUGGAGUUGUUGUGGCAGCGGGAAACGAACCAUUCAGAUUAGGAAACUACACUUUUCACACAACGGGACAGAUGGCACAGGCCAUAUACAUGGAAACUGUGGAGCCAUCUAUGCUGCAGCCCAGAGCUCAGAACAACAAAUCUUUCUCAAGUGGAAGAGGCUCAAGAAACUUCUCCUUAUCAUCAGAGCGAUAUAUUGUCAACCAGAUAAACACGUCUCGAAAUGGAAGCAUGAACAGCCACCUGCAUCACCACAAUGCAUCAUUUGAGACAGAAGUCAACCAGCAUCACUCAUCCAUGGAGACAUGUGGAACUGGGAGGGUAGAUGAUGAGCAUCCUACUUGCAUUGUACCUCAGGAUGACGACAUUGAAAAGUCUUUCCGUGUGAACCAAGAUGGCAGCAUGACUGUAGAAAUGAAAGUGCGUCUUACCAUUAAAGAAGAGGAGAUGCUCCACUGGACAACCACACUCAGCCGCUCCAGCCUUAGCAAGAGGACAGUUUGUGCCUCGAUUUCUGAGUCGGGCAACAGCUCACCUGACUCAAACAAUGCUGUUGCUAAAGACUCUUCUAGCAUCAGUGAAGAUGAAACUAAAGAGGAAAACCAUCCCUCUGGAGCUGGAAAGGGCGUCGGCUUCAAUGACCAUCAAGUAUAUGAGGGCUACACUUCAGCAGCUUUGGGAAAAACAAAAACAAGUUUCAAACGCACUCCUACACCAGGUCCUCGGCACGUUAAGAAGAACGCGUCGGUUGAGAGCGUGAAGAUGGUGACCGAGUCAGGAGUUCAAGAGAGCACCCUGGGACAUUAUUCCUACAUGGAGAAGACUGCAGAUGGUGAGACAACUGAAGGAUACUGUGUUGUCAGACACAGCAGCAGCAGCAGCCGACCAAUCCCAAAGCCCCGGAAAACGGCGUCUGCAGGAGCGAGCAACCAAGGCUCCCACUCCUCCAUCAGGUCAUCAGGAGUAGCUGAGGUUCUUCAGAUACAGAAUAAUGGAAUGGAGGUUACAGAAACUGUGAUGCAUAUAUAUGAAAGUCUAGGCUGCUACGACAACUAUUUUGCAAAUGAGGAAUACAGCGCAGACAGCGUACCUUUGCAUGGUAGCAAACCAUCCACUGAGUCGGGGGCACGUUCAUCCAGCAACGACUGUGAUAUAGAUUCUAGCUGGCAGCCACCCACUGCUGACCCACUACAAAGACAGAGAGAGGAGAUGUUAUCAUUGUCAUCAGAGCCAAUUUCUCCAAUACACGAGACUAAGAACAAUCUGUCUUCAGUGAGUGAGAAUGACACUCAAACAGCAACAAUCUCCCAAACUGAGGAGACAGUAAAAAAGAACAAAACUCAUAAAAGUGAGAAGAAUAAAAUGAUUAAACCUGCUAGGAAUCACAGGAGUUCAACUUCAACAAGCAGCUCAGAUAAAAAGCUAAAGGAAAGCAUGAUAUGCCCCUCAAAAAGCAGCAAACAUUCAUCUACUGAGAAGCUCAGCAGCAAUGCCAGUGCAGGUAAAAAGAGUGAGAGUUCAUCAGAAAGUGCUAAAAGUGGCCAAAAAAGUAAAGGAGCAGAAAAUAAAGCAGAAAAGCUUCAGUCCAAGAAAUCAAUUAAAAAUGAAAAAACAUCUAGGAAGGACACAGCCUUAUUAGUUAGCACAGAAAAAUUGAAAAGCACCCCACCUAAGAGACAGAGCAUGAAUAAAGUGGCUGCUAAAGACAAUGGCCAUAAUGUAAAUACUCCAACUGGAAGACCUCAAAUGAAAAAGAACAUGUCAGAUAUUUUACAACCAAAAAAAUCACUAGUGCCAGGCAAAAAGACAGUGAACAAACCUAAAUCCAUGAUCGAAAACAGAAUAUCAUCACCUAAAAAAUCUUUAGAGUUAAGUGAAAGUGUUUCAAUGCCUUCCCUGAAUCCUACGCCCUCAGAAAUCCACCAAUAUGUUGAGAACUGGUUGGAGAAAGUCACCCAAGACCAGGUGCCAUACAUGGAGGCCAUCCUAGAUGAAUCACAGCCUCCAUCAAAGGUUGUGUUUCAGAUAGGUGGCGAUUCUGAAUCAGAUGAAAAGAAUGAAUGUGAGACUAAUUUAGAUGAACAUUACCCAUUGUCUGGUGAUGCUGUCAAGAAAUCUGCUUCUUGUCUAUCAGUUCCUCUUUACCAUGAAGGGCCACAAACAUCUUCGGUGUACAAUGAACAAAAAACAAGAGGUUUAUGCGUUUCAAUGCCAAGUGUCAGGGUGGAUCCUGUACAACAGGAGAAUAUACUGAGGUCACAUAAAUCUGCAGAGGCCAUCGGUCCAGAUGACAGUGAAUCAGCUUCAUCUGCUUCCAACAUUUUAAAUCCCAAAGCAAGGAUAAAACCCGCCCUGCGACAACUUUGCUCUUCUAUUCAGUGCAUCAGAAGGGAGUCUGACACCAACACAACAUCCAAUCUCGAGAAGUCCAACAGCCUUCCCGACUUCUCAACACAAGUAGCUUCAGUGUUUGGCUCAUCAUGCAAAGCAUUUCUGUCAUUCUUGUCUGUGAUGACCCUGAGAGAUAGCCUAACAGGCUCUAUGCUAGGGGAGGGUAGCCAAUCAAGAAGCGCCUCAGAGGCCAUGCUAAUGAUGGAAUCCCUGCAGAAAAUUUCGUCCAUUGAGGACGAGGAAGAGCAGAGGGCAAGUCUGACAGAUCUGCACAGCAGAGCGUCUUCUCAAUUUAGAGAACGUUGGAAGGAUUUCCAGAUUUUGAGGGAAAGGCUUGAAAGUGAACCACUUUCUCCCAAAGUUUCAGAAACUGAGUUUGCCCUGGAUGUUGUCUCUGAAGGAGGCGAUGUAUUUGAGGAUCAGCAUCUGCAUAUUGAUGAGCUGAUGGAGGAGCUGAACAUGCCACAAGACCUCCGAGCAGAGAUUUCUUCAACAAUCCAACAAGCUAGAGGUUUCUACCCUGUGGAAGAGAGCACUUUUGUAGAAACUGAAAGAAACCAGUCUGAUUCAGAGGAAGAUGUGGAAAAAUUUGUUGACGAAUGCAAUGACGAAACAAAACAAUCAACAGAUCCUGAGACUACCUGCACAGUUGAGGACAUCGCUGAAAAAAAACAGGACAAUGAUGAUGGAGAUAUAGGCGACUUAAAUAAAAUGCAAUCCAUGCAUUCUGAACAGUCAAAGAUAAUGGGUGAGCCAGAGCAUGAACCUGGUGAAAUUCAGGAAACAGGCCUUGAUGUGAAAGAUUCAGAAUUGUCACAGACAGAGGGAGAUGAGGUCCUGAAAGUAGAUGAAAAUGAGAUGGAAGAAAAUGAAGAUGAAAACCAGGUAGAGGGGGUAGAAGAGGAUAGGGAGGAGGAGAACGACAGAGAGAAUGUAGAAACAAAGGAGAUAAAUGAUAGUGCUGAAGAGCUUGAAAAUAUAGAAAAGGAAAGGGAGGAAGAAACAGGGACGGCAGCGAAGGAAGAUGAUGAGGGGCAGGAUGACUGGGAAGCAGAGAAAGGAAGUGUCGAGGAAUGUGUUGAGAAAGUAGAGGAAGGGACAGAGGAGGAGAUGACAGGAAGUGAGGAGGAGGAUAAAUUAGAAGGAGAGAGAGAAGUGGUUGAGGAGACAGAUCAAGAGGCAAGAGAGGACGACAGUGCUGAAGAAACAGAUGAGAGAGAGGGUGCUGAGCAGACAGAGAUGGAAGAGAGGGAGAAAGAUGAGGUUGAAGAAGAAGCACAUGUGGAAGAAAAGGGAGAGGAGGGUCGCAGUGAUGAAAAGCAAGUAGAGGAGACUGAAGUAGAAGCAGAUGAGGCUGUUGAGGAGACAGAUGAAAAUGUUAUUGAAGAGCAGAAGGAAGAGGAGGAGGAAGAGGAGGAGGAGGAGAAGGAAGAGGGAGCGGUUAAUGAAAACGAUGUGGAGGAGGUAACUGAGGAGAUGGGGGAAGAAGAGGAGGUAGAAAACCUCACUGAGAAGGAUGUAGAAGAAGAAGCAGAGGAAGCUGCUGAGGAAACAGAUGAGGAAGAGGAGGUGGAAGACGUCAUUGAUGAGGUGGGCAAGAAGGAAGAAGGAGUGGAUGUGAUUAGUGAGAAAGAUGUAGAAGAAGGAGCAGAGGAAGUUAUUGAGGAGACAGAUGAGGAAGAGGAAGUAGAAAACAUAAUUGAUGAGGUGGAGGAGAAAGAAGAUGAAGAAGAAGUGGAUGUGGUUAGUGAGAAAGAUGUAGAAGAAGGAGCAGAGGAGGUUAUUGAGGAGACAGAUGAGGAAGAAGAAAAAUAUGUAACUGAAAAAAAUGUAACUGGAGAUGCAGAUGAGGAGGAAGAGGAAGAAGACAUGGAUGUUACUGCAGAAAGAGAUGAGGAAGAGGACAAAAUGGUAGUGGAAAACAGUGAGGAGGAAGCGGACGAUGGUGAGGCUGAGGAAAAAAAUACAGAAGCUAGGGUGAUCACAGAUGAGGGGGAGGAGGAAGAAGAAGAAGAAACUGCCAAGGAUACAGAAGAAGAAGAAAAGUGUGAUGAAGGGAGUAGCAAAGAGCUUGAGGAAAUAGAAAGUCUGGAGGAAGAGUCAAUUGCAGAUAAACAAGUAGAGGAGAUGGAGAUUGAAGAAAAUAUGAAAGCAAGGCAGACAUCAGCUGAAGAGGAGAGGGAGGAUGAUGAAGAAAAUGAGUUGAAUGAGGGAUUUGACCAGGUGGAGGAACAAGAAUCAAAAGAUGAGGCUGAAGAAGGAAAUGUUAUUGAACAUGCUGACAGUUCUGCUGAUGAUAAUGACUGUAAAAACCUGCUAGAAGAGGCCUCCUAUUUGCAGCAGCACGAUAGCAGUCACGAAGAAGCAAAUGCAGAACCUAACAGUGAAUCACCAACCAAAUAUUCAUUUGAGGGUCAGUGUGAGUACGAUAAAGGUAACGGAACAGAAACUGUUGUUGAACCUGAAACAGACGAGGAAGGGGAGCACCACGAGGAAAGAAGAAUCAGCAUACCGCAUCCAGUGGAAAUAUCACAGGAGUUACUUGACUUUGUUAACUCUGCCCUACAGUCCUCUUCACUUAUAUUCACAUACGACGCUCGGGGGAAUGUUAGGAUAGAGCCGGAUAAUGUCCGAGUUGUACAAACUAAGCAAACGGUAAUUCCAAAACGUAGAAAGGAUAGUUCGUAUGGCUUAAAAUGUCUCCCGAGCCCGAGCACCUCUGAUUUAUCUGAUUACAGACCAGAAACUUCAGAGAGCGGUGGAUAUAAAAGUCAGGAAUCUGUAGAUAUUGUCACAGAGAGUGGAGAAGAGGCUUCAGAUAGACCUUUUCCAGUCUGCAGACAUCAGACUGAUAUUCCUAAUGGGAGAACAAAUGUGGAGCGAGUUAAGUCCAAACUGUCUCUUGCAAGUAGUUCAGAGCUCUUGCAAAAUUCCAGAUUGAAAAGUGCAGAGAGUUUCUCUUCCAAUAAUUCAGGCACUAAAGUCUCAAGGGAGGAUCUGUCUUAUUUCAGUGCUGCAAGCUCAUUAAGGGCUGAAGUGGCACCAGAGGCUGCUCAGUACACUUCUUUCACCUCAGAAAAGGACACAGCUGAUGGGGUUUUGAUUGAUCAAGGAAGGUGGCUGCUGAAGGAGAACCACCUCAUAAGAAAAUCUCCUCCAGUCUCUCUGGGAAUGUAUGGUGAUGCGGAUAGCACCUCCAUUGAUACAGGUCAGGAGAACACUAGUGAGGACUCACCGCCUCAUUAUAAAACCCAGCACAACCCCCUUGCUGCCAUAUCCUCAUCAGAACUUGAGGAACUAGCGAAGCCUCAAACUCCAAAGUGCACCUAUUACAACAUGCCUCACGGAAGUGAUUCCGACCCCUUUUUGGACGACUCCAGUGUCCAAAGUGAGAAAAAGGAUACAAGCAGUGUCAAAGGGAGAGGCUUCAGGGUGUCACCUACUAUUGAUACAACCAAAACCUGGUCAAAUAAAAACGGCAGUCUGUCUUCAUUUGCAUCAGUUGAAUUUAAAAUGCCAGACAGGAAAGUGCAUCCUGAGGGGGAGCCCUCUGCUGUGACACAGCCAAGAAGGACAUCUAGUGGAGGAGGGAGUGUACUGCAAGCACAAGACUCAAUCGACACCCUGCGAGCAAGAUGUGGACAAUACUGUCCCAUACUAUGA